UUUAUCUGACAACACUGAUACACAAUACACAAUGUUUUUAACGAGGGGAGGAAAUUUUUGCUGUUUUUGUGCAAUUUAAAGAAGCGGAGGCCAAACAUUUGUUGACUCGCGGACUCUGUAUCUGUAGCCCCUCCGUUUCCACUGGUUGAAGUCAAACAGUCCCGCAUAAGGAGCUGGCGCCCAGGCAAACACAUUCACAAACACAUCCGCAGAAAUAGCUCCCCAGCGACAGCUUGCAACUGUUUUGGAGUAGCCAAAAUAAAACGCAGCAGCAGUGCAGCCGAUCCGCUUUGAGGGAGCAGGUCUCAUUGUUCUGCCCUGGUGACAUCGUUUGCCCGGCAGCGGCAGCUGUGCUAAAAAUGGAGUGGACGCGAGAGAAGACGUUGCUGCUGAUCAGUGAGUACCGCUCCCGUCGCGGUCUGUGGGACAUGACGUGCGACGAGUACCGAAAGAAGGACGUGAAGCAGCGGCUCUUGAACGAAGUCAGCCAGGUUCUCGGCGGGAAUAUUCCGGUGAACGAGCUAGAAAAGAAGUUCCACACGCUGCGAACGCAGUACCACCGGGAGAUCAGUCGCAUGAAGCGCAAGGAGCCGUACAACUCCAAGUGGUUCGGUUUCAAAAACCUGGUAUUCCUUAGCUCUCCUUACGCCUGUCGGUCCACAAAAGGUCGAUUAAAACCCGAUCUGCAGGGCGACGAAAGAAAGUUCGUUGUAGGAGAGGUGAACGCGGAGAACCACAGCGAAAGGAGCACUCCGGUGAACAACGGAAACAGCGGGGGCAAUAGCAACAGCAACAUGAACGAAGAGUAUUUGCGAAAGAGUCACGCUAGCAGCCGGGCCCAGGAGCUGGAGAAACUGAUUGAAGAGACAACCAAAGACGUCGAUGACAUCGAGGAGCAGGAGAUGGACGAUGCGGAAUCCAAGCCGAAGCUGGGAAAGGAGCUGAACGUGCGGUACGUUAGCAUAGGUGAGCAGGAAGAAGCGGAACCAUUGGAAAAUCCCCAUCACCAGCAUCAGCAGUCGCUCAUCGACAUGCACCACUCGGCCAAUGCCAUGGAGGCCGUGAGCUUCCAGGCGAGUGAGAGUGGAGAGCUUCACUACCAGUCAACGCCAGCCCAGAGUGGUGCUAACAACUCAAUGCACGUUGUACCCACACGCAUUAUUAAAAUCCAAAGGCGCGAUACCUCUUGUCACGAGGAUGGCUAUUUCGACGAGCACACACACCAUCAACUGCAUCCGCCGACGCCCAAGCGUGUGUACUAUGAUGCCGGCUCAACGCCCCACAUCCUAACCCCUGCAUUGGAGAACAGCUCGAAUGGAACCAGCAGUAGUGUGCUGGCUGCCUCACCUGGGAUAACGAUGAGCAAUCUGCGAUUACCCAAACUCAACACAUCCUCAUCCCCCAAGCCAGCCAGUGCGGUCAUUCCCAGUCCACCCUCGCCCACGGUUGUCAGUCUGCCGCCGUCCCGCGAUGAGUUUGCCACGUACGGGGAAUAUGUGGCCAACGAGAUGCGGGCUAUUGGCAACCGGGAAGUGCUUAUCGCUCUCAAGCACAAAAUCAACACGGCCAUCUUUGAGGCCAACAUGGCCGAACUGCAGAAAUAGGCAGCUGUGGCACACGAUUAUUUUAGCUCGGGCUAUUAAAUACAACUUAAGGUUUAAACAUGUACGUCUACCCUUGCGAUGUCCUCUUGUCUUUUAUUGUGCUCAUUCUCAUUUAAUUGUGUACAUUUAACGGAAUUGUAACAGUCUAAAUACUUAAGCCAAAUAUACGUUUUAAUGGUA